AUGGGAUUCAGAUAUCUUCAUCUCAAGCUCAAGGUACUCCGGCUGAAACGGUUUUUGCUAGGACAUGGAAGAAGAAAGAGAAAGAACAUGCCGCCGGCAAAGAAGCCUUCAUGGAUGAUGCCAAUAAGUCAUGGUUAUCAUGUUAUGGAGCAUCAUAUGAUCAGAGAUGGUUCUGAUGACUCAGACUUUGAUUCAGUUGUGGUACAGAGAGAGCAAAUGGAUCACACAGAAUUGUGGUAUUUUGGAAUCUUUGAUGCAUUCAUUGGAGACGGGGUUACCAAGUACAUGCAGUCCCAUUUCUUUGACAAGAAGCUUCAAGAGUCUCAUAUAAGGAGAAAAAGCAAAGAAAUGCUGAAGAGAGCUUACCUUGGUGUAAGGGCAAAGAUCAGAGAGGAACACAAGUCAGAGGAGACAUGCAAAAUGGGUUCAGCAUCUGUUAUGGUGAUCAAUGGGGAAAAACUUGUAAUAGCUAACAUGGGAGAUUACAGAACUGUUGUGUGCAGAGAUGGUAUAGCUCAUCAGACAACUAGCACAUACCAACAAUCAGCCAAAAGACAUUGGUCUAGCAGACUCUUUGCAGGAAAUGUAGCUGGUACAAGGCGUUCUAGAGGCUCAGAACUUGUCAUCAGAGAUGAAAGUAUUGAUUCUGAUACUGAAUUUUUGAUAUUAGCAAGCAAUGGCAUAUGGGAGGUAAUGAAGAGCCAAGAGGCUGUGAAUCUGAUCAGUCACAUAGAGGAUCCACAAGAAGCAGCUGAAUGCUUGGCAAAGGAAGCUUUAAUGAGGAUGAGCAAAAGCAGCAUCUCAUGCUUAAUCAUUCGAUUUGACUGA